GUGGAAUGAACUGGUGACGAUAACAACUUCCUAGUGUUUCCUCAAGGGCUGAAGUCCGCGUCUCAAACUCAAACUUUCACGAAGCUAUGAGACUAAAAACUCCGUCUGUGACAAGUCAUUGAUUAAUCUUACGGGCACAUUUGUGAUUACCUCAAGUUGUGUGAAAUUUCUUUGCCGUUAGUUAACCUGCCAUAAGUUGUUGUGCAGGUCUUUUUGGUUCCUACCAACCGAGGACAGACAGGUCCAGUGCUACAAUACAUUGUCUACUGUCCAGGGUGUCUCCCAAUGAAAGCCGUGAUCCUUGCAGCUGGUUACGGGACAAGGCUCCAGAGGGAUGUGGACAGCGACGGUACCGGUCGGUUCCAGCAUCUGUCGGGGGUCGCCAAGCCCCUGCUCCCCGUGGGGCGGCGGGCUCUCAUCUCCCACUGGGUCUCUGCCUUGACUCUCUCUGGAUGUGUCGAGGGCAUUUAUGUAGUCACCAAUGCUGUUUACCACAAGGCAUUUGAGGAGUGGGCAUCCCAGUUCUCACUGGUGAAGGUGCUCAGCGAUCACACACGAAGCAAUGAGGAUCGUCUUGGUGCCGUGGCCUGUCUGCAGCUUACUAUAAAGCACUUCAAGAUUGAAGACCACGUCAUAGUCAUUGGAGGCGACACGCUUUUCCUUGAAGAUUUCAGCCUGAAAACAGUAGAAGGAAAAUUUUCUGAACUUCUGGUGCAGUGUGCGGACAACAGUCUGGUUCUUUCUUACCAGUGUAAAGAGGAAGACACCCACAAGUACGGUAUUCUAGAAGUAGACGAGGACCUCAGAGUGUUGUGUAUGAAGGAGAAACCCACUGCUGCUGAAACAGAGUCCAGGAGAGCAUGUCCGUGUUUCUACAUGCUCUCUAAGAAAUGUCUCCCCCUCCUGGACAACUUUCUGGAGUCUAAGAAGGAUUUACCUAUUCAAGACAGAGAUGCCCCGGGAAACUUUGUGUCUUGGCUCAUUCAAAGGAGCCCGGUCUACACCCACGAAAUAUCUGGACGUUUUGACGUUGGAAACCUGCCCUCCUACAUCGAAUGCGAUCUAUAUUUCAAAGAAAAGCUGAAGAAUGUCGAGUCCUACAUGGUUUAAAGAAAAAAAAUCUUUAUUCUGCUGUGUGUCGGAACAAUCACACGACACGCAUACCUCAUUUGGACCUGAAAUUUCAUAUCUGAGCAUAGUGAAGAUUGCUUCAAUAAUAAUCAAUUUUGGGGUUAUUUGUAAAUAUGAUUUGCAUAUAUAUAUAUAUAUAUAUUCCAUACAAUGGCAGGUUACUACAACAGAUUCUAAUGCAUGUAAUUUUAUAAUGACAGAAUUUCAUCAGAAUAAAAAUAGAAUCCCAUGUAUUAAAGAACACAGGCUGAGAUUGUCUUCUAAGCGCUGAGCAGUCGGUUGCAGCGGUCGGAAGCCCUCUCGUGGCUGUUCUCCAUCUUGGCGAUGCGGGAGCCGAACUGCAUUGCUCUCUUGGGGAGGAGGGCGGAGGGUCCCAGGCCUAGGGCCCUGGCCCCCUGCCUCAGGAGCAGCUUCUCCCCCACACCGCGGGGCAGAGACAGGUCCGCCUUCCUCGACACGGGCAGGGAGUUCAAGUAGUCCACCACGUCCUCGUCCAAGUACGGGAAUCUGCAGGUCGAAAAUAGUGGAUACAGACUAGUCAAUACUAGAAUAAUAGGGAGCUUACUUCAGAAUGCAUCAUGGGAUCAUGAUUAACCUUGGAGGAGUUGAUUUUUUUAUGAAGGUGAAUACAAUUUACGUAUCUAGACCAGGGGUCACAAACACAGUGGCUGUUUCCCAAAGUGAAGGCUGCAGCCUUGCUAGGAAGCGUCCUUGCUAGUCGCGUCCUAUGGAGAUGAGACUAGAGUGCUAGCUCGAGUGCUUCCUAGCGUUUGUAACGUCUGACUUUGGGAACGACUUGGUAGUGUGGAAGCGCUUCCGCUUUUUAAUACUGCGUGUCCGCUUGUAAACACAUGUGCGCUUAUGAAUAAAUAUCGAUCAGCAAUCAAGCUGAUCGAUAUUUAUUUGACUUUUGUCUGUUAUGAAUGCGGUCAUGUCUCCUUCGCAUGGAGCCUCUUUGGGGAAGUCACAAAAGCUUUGUUGUGGUUGAUCGAAUUGUCUUUAUCAAAAGGAAAAUCCAUUCAAUUUUUAUAAAACUAAGUGAAAUUGUCUGAGAACUUAAUUCAUGCAUCACAUUUACAGUACGGUUGAUUACUAUUAUGCAGGGGGAAAAAGACAAAGAAAGAGAUGAUAAACGUGUAUUUAUUUGGAUAUAUGAUCUGAUUCAUUCAUUCAUAUAUGCCUACAAUCUACCAGUGCUUUGAACACAUCAGUAUAUCAUAUAAAAUACAAUUAUAUACGUUCAUUAAAAAUUACAAACAUUGCAAAUGAUCGGUUGUGCAUUAAUUUUACAACAUUGGAUAGUGGCACUAUCCCUUCCACCGGCAAACAAAUGUUUGUGCGCCACCCUAAGGCGCACAAAAGCCUCUGUUUGCUGGGCUGACCCUAAAAAAAACGUAAAACAUAAAUAGGUAUACAUAAAUAAUGUAAUCUUGUGAGCGAGUAAAUUGACAUUGGUGACAGUGGUGUUUAACAUCAGCUACGUCCAUGCAAAAUAUAGCAACGUAUCAUUAAGUUGCAAAAACGUUUGAAAAGUGGCACAGGCCUUUAGGCUUGAUUAUUUGCAUUAACAUGAUGAAUCUAUAAAAAGCAAUACGGCACAAAAUAUUUCUGAAAACUAAUAUAACUUCACUUCGUUUGAACGUGUACUUCUCUGCCAUUUUCAAGAACCCGCCCAGUGAACGCAGAGGAUUGUGGGUAGUUUUGGCUCGUCUAGGAUGCAGCGAUGCAUCCUUGAAAAAUCUCGGAAUUCUCAAAAACGAAGGACCCGAAAAGGGGGCGUAUUUCGAGUGUCCUCAACAUUGGAACAGUGCUUGUCGGCGUUCGAUGACGUAGCGUCCUUAAAAGGGCGGCCGUUGAGCAUGCUUCCUUGACAUUGGGAAACAGC